AUGACCACCUCCGCUGUUGCUCAGCUUCAGGCAGAGGUCACCCGCCUUCGCCAUGAGCUCUCUACGAUCAAAGCCCAUGAACAAGCUCCCGAGUCAAGCGAGACCAUCUUUGUCGGUCAGUAUCUCGUUGAAAGACUUGUUCAGCUUGGUGUUACAAAAAUGUUUGGAGUACCCGGAGAUUUCAACCUUGGCUUCCUCGAUUUUGUGGAAGAUCACUCUAAGAUUGAGUGGGUCGGCAAUUGUAACGAGUUGAACGCCGCCUAUGCCGCUGAUGGCUACGCACGCGUGAAGAAAGGCAGCCUCGGCGUUCUCACCACUACGUUUGGUGUCGGAGAGCUAAGUGCAAUGAAUGGCAUUGCUGGAGCGUUCUCGGAGCAUGUCCCCAUUGUGCAUAUCGUAGGUGUGCCUAGUACUUCGCAGCAGAAGAACAAGCCGAUGCUUCACCAUACCCUCGGCGAUGGGCGGUAUGAUGCAUACUAUCGCGCGGCCACUCAGUUCACCAUCGCAGCCGCGAGCCUUCAAGCAAAGGAAACCGCGGCGGCAGAAAUUGACCGCGUGCUGACUGAAUGCCUUGUCAUGGCGCGUCCGGUUUAUCUCAUGGUUCCGACUGACCUUGCAUACGAACGCAUUCCCUCCUAUCGUCUAAAGACGCCCAUUAACGCAGAACCUCCUCAGAAUGACCCGGAUGUCGAGGAAUUCGCGCUGGACGAAAUUGUUAAGCUCGUCGAGACAGCCGAACAAGAUGCCAUCAUCCUCGUCGAUGCUUGUGCCAUUAGACAUAACGUUAUUGAUGAAGUCAGUGAACUCGUGAAGCGAACCGGUUUCCCUGUAUACGCUGCUCCAAUGGGUAAGACUGCUGUAGACGAAGCGUAUGAGCGAUAUGGUGGUAUCUAUGUUGGGUCAAUCAGUCACCCUGACAUUAAGGAGAAGGUCGAGAGCGCAAAGCUCAUCCUUUCUAUUGGAGCGCUCAAGAGCGAUUUCAACACCGGCAACUUUACCUACCACAUCCCUGCGAGUCGAACUGUCGAGCUGCAUUCCGAUCACACUACCGUUCAAUAUGCUGAGUUCCCCGGGAUAGGUAUGAAACGCCUACUACCCAAGUUGACCGCCCGCCUGCAACCCUUCCGCGACGAUGCUAGAGAGCUCUCUGUCCCGCCUUUUGUGUUCCCUGUACCCACAGAGGACACAGAUAUUAUCACGCAGUCGUGGCUCUGGCCUCGCAUGGGCCAAUUCUUCCGCCAAAAAGACAUCAUCGUUGCGGAGACUGGAACGUCCAGCUUUGGCGUUCUCGAGGUGCCGUUCCCCACGGGUGCCAUGUUUGUCAGUCAGAUCUUGUGGGGCUCCAUCGGAUGGACUGUGGGCAGUACCCUUGGGGUGGCAAUGGCUGGUCAAGAUCUUGGCUACAAGCGCACAAUUUUGUUCAUUGGCGAUGGUAGUUUGCAAUUAACAGUGCAGGAGUUAUCAGUCAUGAUACGAUCCGGCGUGACGCCGAUCAUAUUUGUGCUAAACAAUCGGGGUUACACAAUUGAACGGUAUCUGCACGGGAUGGAAAGGAAGUAUAACGAUAUUAGUAACUGGAAAUGGACGCAUCUACUCAACACACUUGGUGGAGAAGAAGGCAAGACGUGCCAGUCGCAUCUCGUCCGGAAUAAGGCCGAGUUGUCGGCAUUGCUCGACGACACUACCUUUGCUUCGGCAAAUAAGAUCCAACUCGUGGAGAUGCUAAUGGACCCCCGCGAUGCACCAAGUGCACUCAAGCGACAGGCAGAGCUAAGCGGAAAGACCAAUCGCUACGUUGCGGAGCUGCCGUCUGGUAUCGGUGAGGCCGUGUGA